CUACUGCAUCGGAAUCCGACAAAAGAUCUGGAGCCAUUCCGCAAGACCAAGAAGCGAGAGCGAAGAAAUCAGUUGGUUUACACAAGGUCGUUAAAAAAAUAAUGGAUUCCUAUCUGUAUGCAAAUACAAUGUUUCGGCGGGAUAACGAACAAGAGUGUCUCGGUGCAAUUUAUGAUUAUAUCACUUCCGAAACAGCUAAGAACAAAGUUACCACAAUCACAAAAGAAGGCUUACCAAAAAAAACAACAAUUCACCGGGAAUACUAAACUAGUUUCAUUCUUCUAGUCAGACAAAAAAUUCAUUCGAAUAGCAAAAGUUAAACCGUAGAUCCGCGAUUCCACAUCAUGUCAGUUGUUAUAAUUGGAGGUGGUAUUGUCGGUGUUUCUACUGCAUAUUUCCUAGCCAAACGGAAGAUUGACACAUUGAUUAUUGAAAAAGAGGAACUUGGUUCCGCUGCAUCCGGUCGAGCUGGAGGUUUCUUAGCAAAGGAUUGGUGUUCUCAUUAUGAAAUGGAUGUCUUAGCUCAAAAUGGCUUUGAUUUACACAUGCAGUUAGCAGAAGAAUUUGGUGAUGUGUGUGAUUACAGACGCGUAGACACGUAUUCAAUUGCUUUGUCUCCUGGGGAGCGUUCUGGCCCUACACAAACACCUUCUUGGAUCAGUGCAAAAGUUAGAAGUUGCUCAUUGAUAGGGGAGUGCAAAAACACUGCACAGGUGAAUCCGAAAAAACUUACACAAGAAUUAUUUCAUCGUGCCCAAUACUUCACUAAUCAUGGAACAAAAUUGAAAAUAGCUCAUGUCAUAGGAUUAGAAUUUUCAAAAUCAAAUUCAUCCACUUCUUAUAUUGUUGGUAUUCGUGUAACAGAAUUGUCUGAUUCAAAAUCAGAAGUUAUACCCGCCAAUUUAGUUAUCCUUACCACAGGACCUUGGUCAAGUGAAUCCAUUAAAUGGUUACCUUCAGGAUGUUUAAAUCCUAAACAAUUUCAAGGAAGGCGAGCACAUAGUAUUAUAUUAAAACCAAAGAUUGAAAAUUCUUCAAUCGAUGCAAAAUGCUUAUUUAUGGAAUAUCAAAGUUCAGAGUUUAAUUGUUCCCCUGAAGUUUAUCCAAGACCUGAUAAUACAGUUUAUGUAUGUGGUCUUGGUGAUGGAGCACCUGUACCAUCUUCAAAGGAUAAGGUUGAAAUUGAAUCUUGGCGGUGUAAUCGGUUGAAAGAAAUUGUCACCAGUGUAGUUCCAUCAUUAAAUGAUGCAGAGACAGUAACCGAAUCUGCCUGUUACUUGCCAAUCUCAUCAGAUGGUGUACCUGUAAUCGGUAAAGUCCCCGGUGUAUCAGGUGUUUAUAUUGCUACGGGUAAUUCUUGUUGGGGUAUUCUUACUGGACCAAUCACUGGACGUCUUUUAGCCACUAUCAUUGCAAGAGAUUUUCCUGAUUUAAAACAAAAUGAAAGCGCCUAUAUUACUGAUCAAAUAAAGUUGGCAGAAGAAAAAGCUGGCGACAUCCUACUUCAACAACCGGGUAUCGAAGCGUUCAAUCCUGCUAGGCUCAGCAAAUAGCAAGGGUAAACAUCCACCUAAGCAGAAUGUGUUUUGUCUUCCAUUCUCUUUUCCUCUCAGCUCAGAUAACUGUUCCCAGUAUUUUAAGUGAAUAUUCUCAAGAUUUUCUACUGUUCUAAAUCACUUUCUUAACAGUUACUCCUCGAGAUUAUUGAUAAUAAGCAUUAUUCUUACCGGUUUAUUUAUAUCAUCAGCUCGUAUAUUUCAGUAAUACAUUCUCACCAGUUGAUUCAUUCAUUUCAUUUGCUUCAUCAUAUUAUAUUUCUGCGAUUGUCUGAAUACCAACUCUGUGCCUGUCUGUCUCCUUCAAUCUUGUUCUCUCACUAAUUUGAUAGGUGCAAUUAGUUUACCUGUAUUAUGAUAUUUGAAUAAAGAGUAAUCACUUUGGAGAUUUGUAA